UUGAAAAAAACAGCUCGAUUUGGUAAUCUUUCGGGAACACUGCCAUGGCUAUGCAAACCGGAGUAGGCUUUUCGAAGAUCUUGAUAUUAGCCGGCGCAGGUUACACCGGUACGAUCCUCCUCAAAAACGGUAAAUUGUCGGAUAUUCUGGGUGAAUUGCAGUCACUGGUGAAGGGACUGGAAAAAUCUGGAGAGCAAGCUGAUGAUUCAGAUGCCCUUCUGGCUCAGGUGCGUCGUUUGUCAACGGAGAUCAGGCAAUUGGCCUCAGCAAGGCAGAUAACUGUUCUGAAUGGGGAUUCCGGCGGUAUGUUAACCCCUGUUAUUAUACCAGCUGCUACAUUGGGGGCAUUGGGCUAUGGUUACAUGUGGUGGAAGGGCAUUUCAUUCUCUGAUCUUUUCUGGGUCACUCGACGUAAUAUGGCGAUGGCUGUGGAGAACUUAACGAAACAUCUGGAUUCCGUCUCAGAUGCUCUCGCUGCUGCAAAGAAGCAUUUGACACAACGUAUUCAGAACCUGGAUGAUAAAAUGGAAACACAAAAGGAAAUCUCAAAGAGCAUUCAAGCAAGUGUGGAAGAUGCUAGUAUGAAUCUUUCUAACAUUGAAUAUGACUUGGAUGCACUGCAGAGAAUGAUUUCUGGUUUGGAUGGCAAAAUUGGUUCAUUGGAAUAUAAGCAGGAUCUUGCCAAUGCUGGUGUGUGGUACCUUUGUAAUAUGUUGGUGGCAAGAAAGCAAGCAUGCCUGAAGCUCUGCAGGAGCAACUUAAACUUUCUGGUAAAUCUCGUGCUUUGCUUACAUCAGGAACUCCGACUCCGAAGGGUCUGAAAGAUGUUGUAGAUAUUUUAUCUGGAAGUAAGAAGGAUUCAGGAAGCGAUGCUAUUGAUAAUUUUGACGAAGAGCCGAGAAGCCUGCAGAGGAGCAUUUCAGCUAGGUGUUGAAGCCGUCAUCUUGCAGUGUGGCAAUUGAGAGAAAUUACAUAUGCCUAUAAAUAAUGUAAUCAAACGUCUUUCUGCAGACACUGAAAGUUGGGUAGAGUCUGGCGUGGGUAAAGACAGUUGAUGCCUUGCCGUGUCUGAGAAUAUAAACCAAACUUUGGAUGGGGAAAACUUAGUUUUUCAGUUUGCUUUUGCAUUUUGAUUGAUUCCUAUAGUUCACGUUACUUGUAUUCAUUGAUUAAAAUGUAGCUUACAGCAUAUAUUUGUAAAAAAUCAGGGACGUGCAAUAUAUGGCCCAAACCGUUUACCAUGA